UUGAAAGGAAACGUCAACGACGCAACGGGUGCCCGGGACUGAUUAUUUCUCCAGUAUGGGAGGCGCCGCCAGCACCCAGCGCAAGGUGAAGCCGGCGAGUGCACCGCUAGACCCGAGCUCGCCCUUCGGCUACAGGCUGGACAACGCCCGCCAGGUCAUCCAGUCUUCCUGCAAAACUAUCCAGGCAGACAUGGGAAGGGGCAAGGCUAAACCCAUACAGCAACAGCUAGACUCGCUCCAGGCCCUGUACUACAGCCACAAGUCCAUCCAGUCUCAGGUCUGUCAGGAGAUGGCCAAGGCCGGUCUGCCCAAGAUCAUGCUCGACACGGCACAGACGUUCCUGGUAAUAACUGCAGGAGCGGAGAACGCCAAGCCCAACAUCAAACUCCUGGAGUCCCUGUUUAGCGCCGCCGUGCGGUUCUGCAGGGGAAGUGCAGACUUCAGCAGGCACCUUACUGACUGUGGCAUGCCAGCUCUUCUAGUGGACUUGUUGGAGGACCCGAAAAUCAAGGAGGCCAAAAGCCGCGGCGCGAGGGACAUGCUGGAAGUACUGGGGCACUGCGUGGCCUGUCUGCCAGCCAACAGUGAGGUGCGCCCUCUAGCGGCGAAGGUGGUGGACAGCUACCUGAACAGCCACGGCCAGGACAGCGUGGAGAGGGCGGCCUAUCUCUCCGCCAAACUCAUGGGGACCGAGGUGAGGACACCGACACCACCUGCAGCGAUGGUCACGACUCCGGUAAAGCCACCGGCCAAGGACGCAAAGGUGUACGACCCGAAGGUUAAUGACCCCGCCAAUGGGCCGAAGGGCACGUCCACGGCGCCUGCACCUAAUGGCACUGCUGCGCCGCCAGGGGUCGCCCCUAAGACGUAACCUGACUGAUCGUAGUCACCAUAGUCACAGUCGCUAUACACUACCUUCCAAUGACACGGUGAUUUAAGUGAUAUCAGAGGCUAGGGGAGCAGAAUUGUGACUUUACAAUCACAUUAUGGUAUUGAUGCCUCAGUAGGUUUCUGCACCAACACGCGACUUUUCUCGGUCUACA